AUGAUGGCGGCGCCGGGCCGCGGUUCCCGCCUCCCGCUGCUGCUGCUGCUGCUGCCGGCGCUGGCCGCCCUCCCGCCGCCCGCCGCCCCUCAGCCGCCGCCCGCCGCCCUCCGCGCCGGCCACGCCGCCUCCUCGCUGCCCGCCGCCGCGGCCGCGCCGCGCACCAGAUACCUUUUGUAUGAUGUAAAUCCUCCUGAAGGGUUCAACCUUCGCAGAGAUGUCUAUGUUCGCAUUGCUUCCCUUCUAAAGACCUUGCUGAAAAGUGAAAACUGGGUGUUGGUUCUGCCUCCCUGGGGACGCCUUUAUCACUGGCAGAGCCCCGACAUCCUUCAGGUCCGGAUCCCUUGGUCCGAGUUCUUCGAUCUCCCAAGCCUCAACAGGAACAUCCCUGUCAUUGAAUAUGAGCAGUUCCUUGCAGAGUCAGGUGGGCCCUUUAUUGAACAGAUCUAUGUCCUACAAGGCUACGCAGAAGGAUGGAAAGAAGGAACAUGGGAAGAAAAAAUAGAUGAAAGGCCGUGCAUUGAUCAGCUUAUGUACUCUAGAGACAAACACGGGUACUACAGGGGAUGGUUCUGGGGUUAUGAGGAAACGCGGGGCCUAAAUGUCUCUUGUUUGUCUGUCCAAGGAUCUGCCUCUAUCGUGGCUCCCAUCCUUUUGAAGAACACUUCAUCACAGUCAGUGAUGUUAGACAGAGCUGAAAACCUUCUUCAUGACCACUACGGAGGGAAAGAUUAUUGGAAUACCCGCCGGAGCAUGGUGUUUGCUAAACACCUCCGUGUGGUGGGAGACGAGUUUAGAAACAAAUAUCUUCAAUCCACAGAUGAGGCCGACAGGACUCAUUACAAGGAGGACUGGACACAGAUGAAGGUUAAGACGGGCACAGCUCUAGGUGGUCCAUACCUUGGGGUUCAUCUCAGAAGGAAAGACUUUGUUUGGGGUCACAGAGAAGACGUGCCUUCCCUGCAAGGAGCAGUAAAGAAAAUCCGCAGCCUCUUGGAGAUGAAUAAACUUGAAAAAGUUUUUGUAGCCACCGAUGCUGUCGAGGAGGAGAUCGAGUUGCUCAAGCAACUGCUGCCCGAGAUGGUGAGGUUUGAACCCUCGUGGGAGGAGCUGGAGCUUUACAAAGAUGGGGGCUGGGCCGUGAUCGACCAGUGGAUCUGUGCACACGCAAGGUAUUUUAUAGGCACCUCAGUUUCGACGUUUUCUUUUCGGAUCCACGAGGAAAGGGAGAUCUUGGGAUUUGAUCCAAAAACAACUUACAACCGAUUUUGUGGUGAAAAAGAGAAAAGCUGCGAGCAGCCAACUCACUGGAAAAUUGUAUACUAAAAUGCAGAGAAAUCCAAGGACUGCAGUACUGGUGAGCUAAAAGAAUAAGGGAAAAACAACGGGGAAAUACCUCCCUUUGACCAAACUACAGCUCAGUCGUCUACCCUCAGUGUUUACUUGACAUUUGGGUUUUGAAGUACAAGCAAUACUCAUCUUCUUAGUCAGGCAUCAAUGAGAGAGAGAGGAGUGAAGUCAGCCUGGGACCCAAUUCUCAGCAUAGCUCGGAUUAAAGAACAAUACCACGCACUGCAACUGAGAUUUGAAAGGCAAAACUUUAUCCUGACACGGCGUAACAAAUGAAGUCUAGCUCUCUGUGGAGUUCUGAGGAGGAAGAGGAGCAGUUUUAACGUUUACAAAUGUAACACGGCCGCGUUCUGUCCUGCACCUCUGCCUUUCCUUUUCGUUCUGUUCAGUGUUUGCCUCUGAUGGCAAAAAAAAUCCAUCUCGGUUCUGUGACCUGCACUACGUGAGCUGCAGAUUGUGCAUAAAUUCCUUGGGGAGAGCUUCCCGUUUCAGAUAGAGGCUUGUGAGCGUACCGACGGUCUGAUGCGGUCAGCGCUGGAUGAGAGAAGAGGAGCUGGUACUUCCACCUGAGCGCCAGCUGCUUCCAGCAGUCUCAGUGGGUCUGGGCCGAGAGGCACAGAGAUGGGGCUGCUAGGGCGGGAAGAGCAAGGUUGUGUUUCUUCUCUAAGGAAACUUUUGGGGUUUUUUUGUUGUUUUUUUUUUCCGCCCCCCCCCCCCCGUUGUCUCCCAGAGGCCUCCCAUCUGCUGGUCUGAUGCAAAAAUCAGCGCCCGUCUGGGAUCGCCCGGGCGCUGGGCUCGGUGCUGCGUCGCGCGGGUUUUCACGCCGACGGGCUGGAUCGUCCCAGCAACUCGACAAAUGAAUUUUCUGCGUGUCUGCUCUCAGCUUAGGCAGGGGAGGAAACCGAGGCCGGUCCCAGACAGCAGGGGCCGUUGGGCCCCCAGAUUAGGGGUGUAAGCGUCGCGGGCGGGAGCCGUGGGGGCGAGGGGGGGGACUGGUGGUGCGGGGGAGGAGCCCCGGGGGGGGGCAGAGGGAAAGUGAGGGGGGGUUUGUACAAGCACCAGUUGUAGCUCCUGUAGUCUCCCGACUGCUGGGCGUUACUCAGCUCCAUUCUGUGCUUCAGGUGGGCCUUUCGCCCUGCAGGUCUGCCGGGCUCUGUUAAGCAGGAGAAACCUUUUCCAGGCGUGGACUAGGAGACAGAUUUCAAAAAGGUGAAGCGGUCAUUUUUCCUUAAAGUCAGUUUUACAGGCUUACCUCGCUGUUAGCUGUCCUUUCAACUUCCUCUUGGCUUGAGUAGGAGUACGUAGAGCCCUCCUGCCCUGUGCAGUGGCCACUUCACAGGUGCUCCCACACAGUGAGGCGGUUUCCUCCCGUGCAGCUGCAGCAGAAGCUGCGCUGACCUCUCGGGCGGUAGUAGCAGCAGCUCUCCUGUUCUUACCAGCUGUUUGUUGUCUCUCCGUGCAGCGGCUGAGCCUCUCUGGCGACAGAGUGGGGAGCCCAGCGUUCCAAAGCAGUGCCUUUGCCCACCAAGUCAAACGCCCUCGGUUAGCCUGUGCGCCAUUCUAAGCGACGGUGGCGUUUUGCGUGUGACGGAUACCUCAUUAAGGAAAAUAAAAAGCUUUGUAGCAUUUUA